GAUACAACACCUGCGAUGGUCACCGAAGAUAUCAACUGCAUGUCUGAAUGGCUACUGAUUGCCAACUCCAGCCGUGCAACAGCUGCCGCCAUUCUCAACACACCAGCUGCCAUUCAAGCAAUGUUAGAUGAGAAGGUUGUGAAAAUGCAACGGCACUUCGUACUGAGUCUCAUAUUGGGUUAUGCACCGCAGCUUGCAACAGACCUUAAGCACUGUAUCGGUCGCAGAUCAUCUUGCCCCACACAAGACUUAGCGAGGCUUCUACCUUGCUCAGUUGAUGGAGAAUGUGUGUUCAACACUACACAGCAAUCUGCUGUUUGCGUUUGUGAGGCAGGGCUAACUGGAAGGAGGUGUGAUGUAGACAUUGAUGAAUGUGCUAGGCCAGACCUGAACAAUUGUGAUCAACCAACUGUAGCAUCAUGCGUCAACAGUUACGGGUCAUUCGCGUGUGAGUGCAACACUGGAUACGAUGGCAACGGACGCGUAUGUACUGAUCUAGAUGAAUGUGCAGCUGGUGAACAUGAGUGUAAUGAACAUGCAAUGUGUAAUAACACUGUUGGAUCAUACUCUUGUUACUGUCAAUCUGGAUACAAGGGAGAUGGUACUAACUGCGAAGUUGAUAUAUGCGGAUCAUCUGCCAGCAGCCAACUCUGUUACCAAAUUGAGGAUAUGAAAUCCUACAACAAAAACCUGGAAGGGAAGCUGGAGGCUAGGGACAUUCAAAUUAAUCAGCUGCUCUCCGAUGUGAAGAUACUGACAACCAUUUUUAUCCAACAGAAGACGAAGAUGGAUCAAAUGGAAAUCGAGACCAAGCAACACUUCAGGAUCAUCCAGCAAAAUUCAGCUGAACAGUUUUCAGCAAUGAAUGCCACUCUGCAAGAAGAAGAGCACAAGACCAAGCAGCAAUUGAGAGCCAUCAGGCAACAUUCAGCUAAACAGUUUGCAGCAAUGGACGCUACUUUAAAGGAGGAAGGGCAGAAGUGUGGUGUGGUGGCGUGGAAGUCGUUCAGACAAACUACAGGACGUAACUAUCGACCAUCAUGGAAUGUGAUGUACAACAAGACACGCAGUAACACAGUGUUGCGGGUAACCUACACGUCAGCAUUCGGCUCUCACCGUACUUCUGGCUGGAAUUCCUUCACUAUCUCUAUUCUCAUCAACAACACUGAAUGUCAAGAUCCUGCUCCUAUUCGCAGUGGUGGAAGCGGCUAUACGAGUACUGGUGAAGAUCAUAGCGUGACUCCUGGUUCUAUCAGUGGCAUAUGUAAUAUCAACAUUGCUGGUCCACUCAAGCUAUCCACGAAAUUCACCCAGUACUCCAGUAGCCGUAACAUGUAUGAUGGGUACAAUCCUAAUGGUGCUAACCGAGAGGUAGCCACUUUUCACGUUGAAGAACUGUGUAGUAACUAACGCAUGUAUUUCAAUGACCCAGUUAUUGUUAUUCUUUUUUUUUCUUUAUUUGUGAGGGAUUUCCCAACUGGCAUUGUUCUACAUCAUAGCAUGUCGAAAUGACACUUUCCAAAGUAGAUUUGUAGUAUUCGCUUACUUUCCUUUUCGCGGUCAAAUGCGCUCCAUAUCAAUUUGGAAUCUACGAAUAUCUAUGUAAACGUUGCUCAUGAAAUACACCUACACAUGUAUUGACUUGUACAUGUAGUUUAUUUCAUUGUCAAAACUCUACAAUCUAACGUUUCACUUACCAAGCGGUGUACUUGGAGUGUCAUUUACCCUUUUGCGCCUGCCUCCCUUUACCGCCUGCCUCCCUUUUGCGUCUGCAUCACUUUGGCGCCUUCCUCCCUUUUGCGCCUGCCAUUUGUCCCUGCACUGUUUUAAAGUAUUGCACAUAUUGUGAACCUUUUGGUUGUUCUGUUUUGUUUUCAUCAUGGUUUUGAUACAGUCCUUUUAUUAGCUCUGGGUUUUUUCUAUAAAGAAUAUUGCUUUUUCGUAAACCUGGAGUGAGGCUGCAUAGCCGUUCUGAAUAUUAUAAUGCGCAUGUUUUCAUUUCUUGUUGGCUGAGUUUUACGAAGCAAAAAAGAAAUGUUGUUCUUUUUGAACGAACAGGUCAGGGACCG